GGCGGCACCGCCUCCCAAGGCUGGUCCCUGGCCCGGCGCCCGCACCAUGGCGGGCGCUUCCUCGCGCGUGCACUACCUGUCCGACUUCUGCUGCCCGCUCGGAGGCCGGGCGGGGGGCAAGCCGCAUGUGCUGCGUCAUGAGGCGGAGAUCUUUCUGUCCACAGGGCGCGAGUUCGUCUAUGUGUACGACCAGGAGGGAGGGAUGCUGACGGCGGUGUACCAGUUUCCCGACCAGGUGUGGCACCUGCAGCUCCUGGCCAUGCGCAGGGCACUCUACGUCCUGUGUGCCCGGACUGGCAUCUACUGUCUGUCGUUGGACUCACUGAACAGGUCUGUGAGCCAGGCCUGUGAGGACCAAGAGGAUGAGGCUCACCCUUACCCUGUGAUCCAUGUGGACCCAGAUGCCUGUGUCCUCCCUGAAGCCGCUCUCUGUGCCUUCACUGUGCUGGAUGACAUGCUGGUCACCCUGGUCCAGGGCCCCACCCAGUGGAAGAUGCAGCUCUUUGAGCCUCCCUGUCCAGGGGAGGAGCCUCAACCUGGAGGCCGGGUUGGUGAGGUGGAGUUGUCUACCUGCACCCCUCCAGGUGGAGUGCCAGGGAACCCUGCAGCACCCUGCUUCCUGCCAGUGUUGUGCUGUGUGUUCCCGCCAGGCUCCAGGGCAUCUCACGGCCACCCACAGGGCUGUGGCUGCUUUGUACUAGAAGAGGCUCUCUUUGGCCUACUCUUUGGAGCUGAUGCCAGCCUCCUGCAGUCCCCUGUGGUCCUCUGUGGUCUUCCUGAUGGCCAGCUCUGUUGUGUGGUUCUGAAGACCUUGGUCCCUUGUGGGUUAGCCCCUGGUGACCCAAAGGUCCUGGUCAAGAUCCUCCAUCACCUGGAGGAGCCUGUGGUCUUCAUUGGGGCUCUGAGGGCAGAGCCCCAUGCUGAGGAGGAGGCGAGAGAGCUGCUGCCUGAGGAGAAUGUGCACUCCGACUGCCUGGUAGCCCUCGGCCACCAAGGCCGGACACUGGCCAUCAAGGCCAGCUGGAGUGAGUCAGGGAAUCUGGUGCCAGAGCUUCGUGAGUACUGCCUCCCCGGGCCUGUGCUCUGUGCCGCCUGUGGCAGGGAUGGCCACAUGUACCACAGCACCCCCUCAAACCUCUGUGUGGUUGACUUGACUCGGAGAGAUACUCCUUGGAACCCUGAGAAUCCAGACGGGGCCAUAGGAGGUCUGCCCUCCAUGCUGUGCCCAACCAGCUUGAACAUCUGCGGUGCCGUCACUCUCUACGUAUCAUCAAGGGCAUCUACAGGUAGCACCGAGCUCCUGGCUCUGUCUUCCAAAGGACGCCUGAUCACCUGCAGCCUGGACUUGAACUCUGAGGUGCGUGUGCCUGCCAAAAUGGCUAUGGCAAAUGCAGGCCAGAAAAUUAAGGAGCUGCUCUUGGACAUCGGUGAUGUGUCUGAGAGAGUGUCCUUUCUGAAGAAAGCUGUUGACCAGCGCAACAAGGCCAUAACAAGUCUCAAUGAGGCCAUGAAUGUGAGCUGUGCCCUGCUAUCCAGCCAGGAGGGUGUUCGGCCCAUCGCAUGUACCAUCACUAUCUCCUGGAGCCGCCUGGAGUUUCAAGACAUGCUGAUGGCCACCUGCAUACUAGAAAACAGUAGCAGCUUCAGCCUGGACCAGGGCUGGACCUUGUGUAUUCAGGUGCUUACUAGUUCCUCUGCCUUAGACCUGGAUGGGGCUGGCUCAACUUUUACCUACACCAUUCCAGUGGACAGACUUGGCCCAGGAAGUCGGCGGGAAGUGACAUUGCCUCUGGGCCCCAGUGAGAGUGGCAUGCUCGACCUGCCAGUGACCAUGUCCUGCUGGCUCUUCUACAGCCUCAAGGAGGUGGUGGGCGGAGCCCUGGCCCCUUCAGAUCCUCUAGAGGUCCCCUAUCUGGAGAAGCUUCCUCUCAACCUUCCUAAGCAAGAGGGUGUCUGCCUGCCCCUGUGCAAGCGCACAGUGGACAUGCUGCAGUGUCUGCGCUUCCCUGGUGUGGCCUCACAACCUGCACAGGCGCCCUGCGUGCCUGGCCCUGCCUGUGAGCCUGUGGAAACCUUCCUGAAGACCUGCCAAGCCCCUAGCAGUGAGCCAACUGGCGCUGCCUCCCUGCGGGCCAAGUACCUGCCUCCAUCUACAGCAUCGGUCAGGGUGUCAGCGGGGCUUCUCAGGACCGCCCUGGAGGGCAGUCGCUCAGGUUUCCACCUGUGCAGUGCCACCCUGCAGUGGCUCCUUGCGGAGAACGCUGCUGUGGAUGUUGUGAGGGCCCAGACACUGUCUUCCAUCCAGGGGAUAGCUCCAGAUGGUACUGAUGUCAACCUCAUCGUGCACGAGGUAGCUGUGACUGAUUUGAGCCCUGCAGGGCCCAUCCAGGCUGUGGAGAUCCAAGUGGAGAGCUCCUCUCUGGCCAACAUGUGCAGGGCGCACCAUGCCAUCAUCAGACGGAUACAGACUAUGGUCACAGAGCAAGCUGCCCAAGGCUCCAGCCCACCUGACCUCCGAAUACAGUAUCUACACCAGAUCCAUGCCAACCACCAGGAACUGCUCCGGGAGGUGCAGACACUGCGCGACCAGUUGUGUGUGGAGGACGAAGUCAGCUCCUGCUCCACAGCCCAGAAGCUCCUGCAGGUUUACAAGCAGCUCCGCAACCCUAGCCUCGUCCUGUUGUGACUAGCUGCUGGCCAGCUUCUCCUCACUGCAGGACACACCUCAGGCUGGUUCUGGGGCUGGCCUGGCAGCACCCCUCCACUGGAACCUCUGCACUCCUGAUGGGAAAGAUUGUGGCCCAAGUACUCGGGCCAUGGAGACACAGGGUUUCUGGGGCUCAGACUUGUGGGUUUAGGACUGAUGCCUCCACCACAUCCCAGGAGCACUGGCUGCCUCUCUGGAGCCACCAGGUGGCAGAGUGCUCACCCUCAACCAAAGCACAAAGACCAUGGGAGGGCUCCUAUAGAUGCCAACGACCCAAGACGCCCGCCUCCAGCCGGUGUUCCAGCCUCCUCAGCUGGGCAGUGCCCUGCUGCUGCUGUCUUCACUGUGGAAGGAGAGCAUGUCUGCCGGGCCUGGCGCCUGCUCCUGUUGAGUGCUGUCUGUGAGGUGCUGUGCCAACGACAAGCUGCUCUUUCCGUGACAGGGGUCAGAUGACGUUGACUCACGUCUUCCCUCUUCACAGUCUGCUCUGCCCUGUGCCGCUGGGUGGGUAGUCCGUCCCAGCUUCCUCACAGUGCCCAGCUUACCUCCACCAGGGCUCCUGUGGCCAUUUGGGGCCAGAGAUCUGCCCCUCAAGGUCUGGACAGACUGGGCUCCUGCCACCUUCAUCUCACAGGGUAUUUGCAUAGGCGUUUGUCUGUCCUACAGGACAGAGUCCUCCAUGGAGGCCGAUAGGAAAUGGAAUAGCCUCUCUGGACACACCUGCAGUCUGUACAAGCCUGGCUUUUGUAACAAGGUGCUCAGUGUCAGGGUUGCCAGCUUACCUUGCCUGCUGGCCUACUAAGAACCCUGUCCACAGCUUGUCCCCAAGGCUACCCUUGCCACCUUCCGGGUGGGAGUCUCUAGAUGCAGCAUGUAGUAUGCCUGUCUGUCUGCUCUGAACGUGUUAGAGAGGCUGGGUCAGCCCACAGGACAGUAGGCCUGCCUUGGAGCAGAGAGAGGUCUCCCAGGCUGACCUGGCUUCUGUCUCUGUCAGAGCUGACAUUUUCUAGUGUCCCCUAUUUGCCAUUAGAGUCCACAGAAAUUGCAAGGUUUGUCUUUAGCCUAAACUCCAGCAGGUCCUGGGAGAUGGGGCACCUGGGCUUUGGCUUGUCAACCUUGGCACUGAAUUAGUAGGGCCCAGCACAAGUCUUAGCUGUCACCAUUAUUCCAGCGGGGUCCCUCAGUCUUGUCCAAUACCUGUGUGAUGUCCCCCACACGUGCCAGGUAACACCUGACCUCCGUGACACCGCAGGCCGUGGGACCACCAGCUUCUGAGACCUAGCCCACUCAGGCUGCUAAGGUCAGCUCCAAGAGAUAAUAAGGAUGCCCUGAUGUGUGAGCCUUGUCCCUUUGAGUAAGGGUAGGGGUGGGUAUCCAGCCGUAUCUUCCUUCCCAGCAUGUCUCCUGCCUUUCCUGCCAGCUAUACAUUGCUUCCUCACCCCAACA